AUGGAAACUUUAGAUUCAUUCAAAAGAAAACAUAUAAAACAAAACCGUGCUAUAAUAAAGUCCAAUACGUUAUACGCUUUACAAUUACGAAAAGCAGAAGUUGAAAUUUCAAGACUUUCAGUUGAAAAUAUUGAAUUAAGGGCAACAAUUGCAAAAUUAACUGAUCAAAUUAACAAUCUGAAAAUUGAAAAGAAUGUAAAGAAUGAGACAUUUAAAGACAGCGUUAUGAAUACAAGUGGACAAAUAAAUGAUUUAAUUCAGCAACUUCGUGGGGCUGCUGAUUCUUUAAACGCGUUAAUGGAAUCGGAUUCUAGAAAACAUUCUAUUCGCGCAAAUUUAAGUUUUAGUUCUGAUGAUUCGGUUCUUGACCAAGGUAUAAUUAAUGAUGCCGCAGAAGGAAGUUAUCAAUAUAAAACAAAUAAUACUCCUGAAAUCGACAUCGCUCUGGAGAAACUUCCUGACAAAAGAAAAUCUCCUAACAUGCUGUCAAUCUAUAGAAUGAAACCUAAAGUAUUACAACCGAUAUAUGAAGAAAGUCUUUCCUCAUCAUCAAAACAAGAUGGACAAUCGUCUGAUUCGUGUGAAGAAGAUUUACAAAAUGAAACUGAGUCUUUAUCUACUUUUGAUGCAAAAUCUCGAAUCCCUAUCGUCGUAAUAAACCGAUCUUUGACUGCAUCCCCACCAAUAAAUAAAUCUACAAAUAAACAAUCAAUUGAUUUACCUACAUGUAAAAAAGUAAAUAUUACUGAAGAGCAAGUAUCAGCUGGCAAGUCAUGUUCAAAAACAUAUCCUAAGGAUAUAGAUGGUCCAAUUGACGAAGAACAAGAUGGCAUUCGUCCGCGGAGGAGUCAACAGAAUAUAAAUUACGCAGAACCAAGCCUUCGCAGUAAAUUACGAAAGGGUGAUCCAUUCACCUAUUCAUUUGAAGAUACCGUACAACAAAAGACUCCAAAGCAAAAAAGACGUAAAAAAACAAAUACUAAACGUGAAACUCAUGAUCAAAGAAAAGCUCUCUCAAAUAUUACUAACGUUGUUUCAUGA